CCUGGUGUUCUUAGAAGAAACUCCACUCCGGCCAGAUGUCGACUGCAGCGAUCAUCCCCGCGCAGGUUAGCACCGCCCGCAGCUUAGGUUCCCAGUUUACUUCUUCUUCACCGUUUUCGAGCUUGUUUCCGGCUAGAAGACAGCGGCGCACUUUAAGGUUGAGGUGCGCAUUGCUCUCCGAGAAAAGGCGGGAGAGCAGGCGGUUGGUCUCCGUGUCUCUCGCCGCCUUCCUUCACUGGUUCUCUCUGCCCAAAGAGGCAGUGGGCGGCAGCAUUUUUGAUAAAUAUAUGAAAAGGAAAAAGCUUGAUCCACUAGAAGCUUAUGUACCUGCUGUGAUAUUGGCUCAGUUGCAGAUUAAACAACUAGGGAAAUCCCUGGAAGUCGAUCAACCAAAAUUUGCUGAUUGCAGGAAUGUAUUACGUUCCGGCCCUGCUGCAUCUCUUCGUGUUAAUAUUCGAGCAGUGGCUCAAUAUGCAUCUGAUGAUGGCAAUGGUGAAUUGGCCUUCAGUGAAGUUGAUCAAUGUCUGAGAUCCUUGGAAGAACUAGAUUCGUUGUUUUUGCGUGCAUCAAGAAAUGAACGAGAUGCCUCUACUGAAUCUAUGAAGGGCCAGAUCACUGCAGCGAUCAAUGCACUAGACGAGCUCCUAAAAACCGUUCCAGCCAAUGUUCUCGACCAAGGGCGGGCUAUAGCUGAUGCAUAUGUCGAGUCUUUGGAAGAAGAUGAAGCACCUGGAAACCAGGACCCAAAUUUAAAGCAGUUGGAAUCCAUAUUGUGAAUACUCAAAGAAUAUGUUGGCUCAGAAUUUUGUUUUGCUUGCCGUACUAUGGACAUCAAAUUUCAGUGGGGAAAUGCCAAAUGAUGUACAAAAACUUCUUCUGAUAAACACAAUGAGUUGCAAGAAUUAGUGUUCUCCUUUCACAAUUACCUACCAGUCUCUCUUUCUCAAUGUAGACUUAAAUUUGAAGCACCCACCUUGUAAUAUAUAAACAAGGAAAAUGGUUAAAUAAUGUUUGGUGAUUUAUCCCCAAUGGUUA